AUGUCGGAGAGCGAAUACCGAAGCUCCAUUUCGGUGCGACCAACGUUCAAUAGAACUCUGCAUUCGCAGUCGACGGCUACAUAUGGAAGUACUAUUUCUUCUGGAACCAGCCGAACACUCAAGAUCACGGAGAUCGGAGGCUCCACUUUGACAUCUGGAAUGUCUCCAUUCGGUAACCAUGCCGCUUCUGCAAUCCGUGAGUCGCGAACUCGCGAGAAGAAAGAAAUGAGUGAAUUGAAUGACCGUUUGGCAAGUUAUAUUGAGAAGGUUCGCUUCUUGGAGGCUCAAAACCGCAAGAUGGAGAAAGAUUUGGACUUGCUCCGUGGAAAGUGGGGACACGAUUCGACCAGUGUCAAAGUGAUGUUUGAGACUGAACUCCGAACUGCGAAAGAACUUAUUGCUGACUCUGAUAAAGAGAGAGGUCAACUGGAAGAUCAAAUCCGUAAACUCACUGAAGAGCUGAACAACUACAGAAACAAGAUGCAUGAAGCUGAAAGAGGAGCUGAUGUGACACGUAAAGAUCUUGACAAUGUGCUCACUAAACUUGGAGCGCUGGAAGCUGAGAUCGAACUGUUGAAAAGGAGAAUUUCACUCAUGGAUGAUACUAUCGGACACUUGAAACGGGAAAACCACCGUAUGAUGGACAACCUUCAUCACACAAGAAACGCUGUUGAGCAGGAAACGUUGAAUCGUAUCGACUAUCAAAACCAAGUCCAAACUCUUCUUGAGGAAUGUGAUUUCAUCAAGAGAAUUCAUGAUUCGGAAAUUCACGAUCUUCUUGCAAUGGCUUCCCGUGAUACCACUGUUGAGAACCGUGAGUACUUCAAGAAUGAACUCUCCUCUGCUAUCCGUGACAUCAGAAGUGAAUACGACCAGGUUCACAACGUCCACCGCACCGAUAUUGAGUCGUGGUACAAACUCAAAGUGCAAGAGAUCCACACUCAAGCAUCUCGCAACAGUCUUGAACAGAAUUAUGCCCGAGAAGAGGUCAAGAGACUUCGUACCACCCUCGGAGACAUGCGUGGAAAAAUGGCAGAUCUGGAAGGAAGAAAUCUUCUCCUCGAGAAACAAAUUGAAGAUCUCAACUACCAAAUGGAAGAGGACAUGAGAUCAUACGAGCAAUCGUUAAAUGAUAAGGAUACUUCAAUCAACAAACUCCGAGAUGAGAGCAAGAUCUUGAUGGUUGAACUUCAAAUGUUGAUUGAUACCAAGCAGACCCUCGAUGCAGAAAUUGUUAUCUACCGUAAGAUGUUGGACGGUGAAGAGAAUCGUGCAGGACUCCGUCAACUUGUUGAACAAGUUGUCAAGACUACCUCGAUCCAUCAGACCAAAGAGCUUGAAAGUCUACGAGUCCUUAAAGGAGAAACGACUAGUCACUCCUCCUACUCCAGAUCGGCCAAGGGAAAUGUUGUUAUUCAGGAAGUGGAACCAUCAGGAAAGUACAUUGUCCUGGAGAACAUCUCUAGACGUGAUGAGACCAUCGGGGAUUGGAAACUUCGUCGUAAGAUAGCAGGAAAACGUGAAAUCGUGUUCACUUUCCCACGUGAAUUCACUCUUCGUGCUCAGAAGAAUGUGAAGAUCUUUGCUCGUGGUCAAGGUAUCCACUCCCCACCAGACAGUCUUGUGUACGACGUCGAAGACUCGUUUGGCACCGGAAACGACGUCGUUACUUCUCUCUAUAACAAAGAAGGAGAGGAACGUGCUUCCCACAGUCAACGUGCAUCGCAUAACUAA